AUGACUGGAGAUGCGCAAAAGACCACCCAGGACCUGCUGGCCAGGGCCCAUUCCCCCGACAGCGUCAACCGCAUCUAUUCCGAAAAGAUCCAGCACCGCUCGCUCAUCCUCCGCCCGACGUCACCCCCACCAGUAACCAUCAACGCCCGCGCCGCCCGCAGAAAAACUCGACAAGAUAAGAAGGCCAAGCAAAAACAGCGGCCGAAACCUCUUUCCUCGCGCGAGCGCCGCGACUUGGGCCUCUAUACCAUCCGGAAGGAAGACCAGAAGUACGAAAUCUACGAGCCGCUGAAUCAGCUCUGGUUGGGGUACGCUCGUGAGCUGCUGGGAAAUGAUGUCUACAUUGGUGGCCCGGGUGCCGCUGCAAAGCUGACAAGUGCGGAGUUCCAUGGCGCUGCUGUUGAGGUCGUGAGGAGUCGCUGCUCCGGCAGAGUUGGCAUCCAAGGCAUAGUGGUGCGCGAUCGCAAAUUCGUCAUCGAGGUGAUUACAAAAAAAAGAGGGCUGAAGAUGGUACCAAAGGAGGGCACCGUCUUUCGGGUCGAGAUACCGGUUGAGGAUAAGCCGGAGGUCGAGGGCAAGGGCGACAAAAAGUUCGUAUUUGACGUGCUGGGUGACCAGAUGAUGCUACGAUCCGCAGAUCGUGCCAACAAGAAGUUCAAGGCACACUACCUGACUACAAUUUGA